UCUCUCUCUCUCCUCUUUAGCUUCAGUUUACAGCAGAAGCAGAGAGGAGAGAGGGUGAAGUCAUCUCUCUUUCUUUCUCUAUUACAAGUAUGCAAACCCAGAACCAUGUCCUAGUUUCCACUUUUACCCCUCCCAACUACCUUUAUUCACGCCCACUAAUCACCUCUCUCACCAGUACUGCUUCACUAGCUCUGAAUUCCCACGUCCAUGGCGGACUCAGCCGACGUCUUGGCGGUGCUCGAGUUCCUGAGGAAAAACGGGUUUUCGGAGGCCGAAUCGGCUCUCAAAGAGGAUAUGAUUGAAAAGGGCGAUCUGGGUUCUUUCGAUUACGAGAAAUUCAUGUUUCCGAUGGCUCCUCCGCUGCCGCCGGUCAGAAUUCCAGCGAGCUUCCGGCGGUCGGAGGUUCAGGGCGGCGGAGAAUGCUCGGGGUCGAGCUCGGCGGUGGACGACGAGUUUGUGAGCGCGGGAUCUUCUACUUCUAACAAGUGCUCUUCAGAAUUCACAAACCCGUAUGGAGUUCGAUCUACAUCUCCAAGCGGUUCCCAAGCUUCAUCCGAUGGGUUCUCUCAGUUUGGCACGGCACGCGAUUACCACGAUUUCGAUAUGCAAAAUGACCUGUUCUGGCAUGAUGAGAAAGAUGAUGGAGACUUCAUGACUCCUUGCUUUGAAGGGCCGGACUUCUUCGCCUGUCCCACUGAGGAUAAGUUCAUCAUGACUUCAGAUACAGACAAGGGGAGCGAGAAAGUGCUGGAUCUGAAUUAUAAAUCCGAAGCAUUUCAAUCGGAAAUAAGCCUCGAUUGCCUGGACAAAAAUUGUCUUACCAAUGUUUCUCCCGUGGAUGAUACAAGCAAGGUUUAUGCGACGAAUUAUAAGAAAAAUCAGCUGGAAGAAGGCUUUGAGGAAUAUUGUGCAGAAUGCUGCUAUCCAAGUUUGAAAGAAACCGAUUUCAAAAAUUACCAAUUAGAUGUUUCGGGGGGCAUCCUUUGUAUGGAUGUUGAUUCUGCUCCAUAUGACAAGAUAAGCAAGAGUUCUAAUUGCUCUGCUAAAAGGAGUUCCAAAAAUGAACAGGAUGAAAAGUUUACAGUGUCCGCUGGUUUAGACGGUAAGGUUGCAGUGAAUGAUUUCAUGCAAAAGGGAGUUGAAGGAUAUGGAGUUGGAGUCGGUGAAGUAAACAAAGGAUCCCACGAGCCUGAGGUUGCUGCCGAUGGAGAUGAUGCUGCUCCCGAUGAGGUUUUGAUGUACAAUGAUGAUGAGGAUUAUGAAGUUUUCGACUUGAGAAUUGUACACAGGAAGAACAGGACCGGAUUUGAAGAAAGCAAGGAUUUCCCAAUUGUGCUAAAGACUGUAAUUGCAAGCAGGUACUAUAUAACGGAAUACCUUGGUUCGGCAGCCUUCAGUAAGGUUGUGCAGGCUCAUGAUCUUCACACAGGAGUCGAUGUGUGCCUCAAAAUCAUAAAGAAUGAUAAAGAGUUUUUCGACCAGAGUCUGGAUGAGAUUAAACUUCUAAAGUUUGUCAACAAAAAUGACCCUGCAGAUGAACACCAUGUAUUGCGACUUUAUGACUACUUCUACCAUCAGGAGCAUCUCUUUAUCGUUUGUGAACUCCUUCGGGCAAACUUGUAUGAAUUUCAGAAGUUCACUCAAGAAUCUGGUGGAGAAGCUUACUUCACAUUAAGAAGGUUGCAGCUCAUAACACGUCAGUGUUUAGAGGCAUUGGACUACUUGCAUCACUUGGGAAUUAUUCACUGCGAUCUAAAGCCUGAAAACAUUCUUAUAAAAAGUUACAGAAGAUGUGAAAUAAAGGUAAUUGAUCUUGGAAGCAGUUGCUUUCGCACGGACAACCUGUCUCUAUAUGUGCAAUCUCGUUCUUAUAGAGCUCCUGAAGUCAUUCUUGGCCUCCCUUAUGACGAGAAGAUUGACAUGUGGUCUCUGGGCUGUAUAUUGGCGGAGUUAUGCUCCGGAGAAGUGCUCUUUCCAAAUGAUGGGGUUGUAAUGAUCCUUGCGCGUAUGAUUGGAAUGCUUGGUCCUAUCGAUCUGGAUAUGUUAGUGAAAGGUCAGGAGACCGAUAAGUACUUCACACACGAGUUAGAUCUUUACCACAUAAAUGAGGAAACAAACCAACUGGAAUACAUAAUCCCGGAGGAGUCCUCCUUGGAGAAUCACCUGCAAGUAACCGACAUUGGGUUCAUCGACUUUGUCAAAAGCCUGCUUGAAGUCAAUCCCGAGAGACGCCCAACCGCAAGGGAAGCACUGGAGCACCCAUGGCUUUCCUACACAUACGAUACAAGUCCCUUCUAAACUCAUGGGGUACGUAGCAGUUCUCCUUGUGGGUUCAUUUGUAAAUUGAGUUUUGAAGAGCAAUUUGUGAAUUACGACCUGCAUCCGGUGAACCUAGGACUGCGACGCGCUUCCGAUUUCAGUUUUGGUUUCGUGUACGUGGGCCUUGUUUUGCAUUGUCUAUCGUAUAUUCUCUGGUUCUGAUUUAACAUAUUCAUACUUUUCUUAUACAAAUUGAUGUAAUAAAAUGUCCUGCAUAAACACGGUGGUGUUUUCUGAUUCAUUUAUUCUUAUGAAAUUCAAUUUUUUGGAUGCUGAAAA